AUGGCAUCAAAUACCAGAAUAACCUGCUUCGAUGCUCGAUUGCUCCGCGGCCUUGUAGGUACUACGGUCACCACAUACGACCUUGUCUCGGAUGACGCGUCAGUAGUCCCCCGAAAGCACUGGGUCAUCACGAAGAAACUCAUCGAGAGGGCAGCCCCUAUGACAGAUCAUGAUGUCAAGAUGGGCCGCGGUUCAGCUAAAACAGUUGGCAAGUUCCUAUGCCACGCCGCAGAGGACCCAAGCCAGGAGGCGUUUAUGCGAAUCUAUCAGCAGAUUCCUCUCACCGGAACGGAAGAUGCCGACCACGACACUCUGGCUAGACAAGCUGUUGCUCCUGGAGUUUGUGGCGAGUUUGAGGCCUUCAAAAGGUUGCAGAGUGCAGGCUGUGGCGCCGUUCCUCGCUUUCUUGGUCACGCAGAAAGUACACAAGGAGACAAUGACCUUCUUCCUGGAGGCUACAUUAGAUACCUUGUGUGGGAAAAGGUCCCAGGGAGCCUCUAA